AUGGUCAAAGACACAAAGUUCUAUGACACCCUGGGGGUAGCACCAGACUGCUCCGAGGCCCAACUAAAGACGGCAUACAAGAAGGGAGCCCUCAAAUGGCAUCCCGACAAGAACGCCCACAACCCAGAGGCCGCCGACAAGUUCAAGGACCUCUCCCACGCAUACGAAGUUCUGUCGGACCCGCAGAAGCGCCAAAUAUACGACCAAUAUGGCGAGGAAGGCCUUGAGCAAGGCGGCAUGGGAGGAGGUGGCGGCAUGGCAGCCGAGGACUUGUUUGCGCAAUUCUUCGGCGGCGGCGGCGGUCCCUUUGGCGGCAUGUUCGGCGGCGGCAUGGGCGGCGGACGCGAACAAGGCCCCAAGAAAGCCCGCACAAUCAGCCACGUACACAAAGUCUCGCUCGAGGAUGUCUACCGCGGCAAGGUGUCCAAGCUCGCACUCCAGAAAUCCGUCAUCUGCCCCAAGUGCCACGGCGUCGGCGGCAAGGACGGCGCCGUUAAGAAGUGCGCUGGCUGCGACGGCCGCGGCAUGAAGCACAUGAUGCGCCAGAUGGGCCCCAUGAUUCAGCGCUUCCAGACCGUCUGCCCCGACUGCCAGGGCGAAGGAGAAAUCAUCCGCGACAAGGACCGCUGCAAGCAGUGCAACGGCAAGAAGACGAUUAUCGAGCGAAAAGUCCUGCACGUACACGUCGACCGCGGCGUCAAGUCGGGCCACAAGAUCGAGUUCCGCGGCGAGGGCGACCAGCUGCCCGGCGUAGAACCAGGCGAUGUCGUCUUCGAGAUUGAGCAGAAACCCCACGCCAGGUUCCAACGUAAAGACGACGAUCUCUUCUACCACGCUGAAAUCGACCUGCUCACCGCGCUGGCUGGUGGCCAAAUCCACAUUGAGCACCUUGACGAGCGCUGGUUAACCGUCGACAUCAUCCCCGGUGAAUGCAUUUCCCCCGGCGAAGUCAAGGUCAUCCGCGGCCAGGGUAUGCCGUCGUACCGCCACCACGACUUUGGUAACUUGUACAUUCAGUUUGACGUCAAGUUCCCGGACCGCCUUGGUAACAACGAGGAUGGAGGCCCGAUGAGCCCCGAGCAGAUUCGCGCUCUCGAAAGCGUCUUACCGCCAAGGAAGGUGCCAGAGGCUAUGCCCCCUGCUGAUGCUAUGACCGAGGACUUUACCCUCGAGGAUGUGGAUGCGGGUGGUGAGGGCCAGAGGGCGAGGGGAAUGGGUGGCAUGGAUGAGGAUGAUGAUGAUAUGCACCCGGGAGCUGAGCGCGUGCAGUGUGCGUCUCAGUAA